AGGGGUCAGGGCAGGGGUUAUUGAUAUUGUUUUACUGAGGAGACCUCUGGAAGGCAUAAAUAGCUGAAGGAAGCGUUCAGGUCUCGCAGUCCCUCCUCAAGACAGCCCAGGCACAGGUUUCACUCCUCAACUUCAACGAUAACCACAUCUGUAUCUGCAAACUCAUCAUAUGGACCACGUACUUUAAACCAACACAGAAGGAAUGUGGUUGGUUGCCCAGUCAAGUGGCGCAGAACCUGAAAUGCCCCUCAUUCCCCUAUCUCUUUUCCAGCUCAGUAACAAGCAUGGAAAGAGACAUGAACGUGAGCAGCACUAGCAGUGUGGUGCACUGGCUAGCCAGCCUGACCCUAACCCUGCUUGGGAGUGUCCACCCCAUGCCUGUGACCAUAGACCCGGUGUGCACGGCAGACACCACUGCCAAGUACAGCCUGACAUUUACAGGGAUGUGGAGCCAAACCUCCUUCCCUAAGCAGUACCCAAUCUACCGCCCCCCUGCCCAGUGGUCCCCUCUCAUUGGGGUGACCCACAGUUCAGACUAUCAUAUCUGGCAGCGAAAUGAGUUUGCAAGCAACGGGGUGAGGGAGUUCUCUGAGAAAGGCGAGGCCUGGACUCUGAUGAAGGAGGUGGAGGCGGCUGGGGAACGCAUCCAGAGUGUCUACGGGCUGUUCUCUGCUCCAGCCUUGGUUGGGGGAACGGGUCAGAUGACCUCAGAGUUCGAGGUCUUUGCAAGGCACUCUUUCCUAUCCUUCAUAGUGCGGAUAGUUCCCAGCCCAGACUGGUUCCUGGGAGUGGACAGCUUUGACCUGUGUGAGGGAGACCAGUGGAAGGAGAGCGUCACACUGGAGCUGUACCCCUAUGACGCAGGCACUGACAGUGGCUUCACCUUCUCCUCUCCCAACUUUGAGACCAUUCCUCAGGACAAAGUCACACAGAUAACGUCAUCAUCUCCAAGCCAUCCUGCCAACUCUUUCUAUUAUCCCCGUCUGAAGAAUCUGCCACCCAUGGGCAAGGUCACCCUCACAAAGACCAAGAACAACCAGAUCUUCAGCAUACCCAUGGAGCCCACCCAGUUCAACCAGACUGGCAAUGAGAUUGGCAAUGAGAUUGAGGACUCUCUCACAAAUUCCACCCCUCUAGACUGUGAGGUGUCUGCAUGGUCACCCUGGGGCCUGUGCAAAGGCAAAUGCGGAGACUCAGGCGUGCGCCACAGAACUCGCUACAUCCACCUACAACCAGCAAACAAUGGGGUAGUCUGCCCCUCACUGGAAGAGGAGAACAAAUGUAUCCCUGAUAACUGCUUAUGACUGGCCGGCAAGAGUACGAAACAGAAAAGAAGAGGUCAUGCAAGACGACAAAGAGUACGAAAGAUGCGUCCGUCAUCUCCACUGGAGAAGCCCAAGCUGUAGAAAUUGACACUUUUCUCGCUGGGCUUCCUAGCCUAUUCACUGGGAACAGUGGAGGCUGGUGAGGAGAGGACGGUUCAAAGUAAUGGCUGGAAUGGAAUAGAUGGAACAGUAUCUAACCAUUAGAAACAAGUGUAAUACCAUUCCAUUCCAGCCAUUACUAUGAGCCCGUCCUUCAAUUUAAAGUGGCACCAGCCACCACUGACUGAGAAAGAUUUAUAAAUGGGUCACAGACAUGCAAUUAUUGUGAGGCCUGAGGAGUGAAGAGGUUGUCUAGAAACUCUGCCCUUAGUUCUUGUGAUUUAUGUUUCCCUACGUCAUUGGGUUUUCUGAGGUAAGCUAGCCAUGAGUCUGAAAAAUCAUUCUUAAAUUCAAAUCUGGACCUGGAAGCCAGUUCCACUGUUUUGUUCUUCUUCAUUGUUCCCCUCUAAUCCAGGGCUGAUUUAGACCUGGGACACCGGGUGCGGCCAACUAAUUACCAGUAGAACAGAAAAACAGGAAUACUUCAGACCUUGCAGGGUAAGAUUUGAAUACACCUGUUUACAGACAAUCAGCAGUGUUGGAAAAAGUACCCAAUCAUCAUACUUGAGUAAAAGUAUAGAAAGUUCUUUAAGUAAAAGUGAAAGUCACCUAGUAAAAUUUUACUUGAGUAAAAGUCGGCACCAUGUUCCUGUUUUUAGCCAUGGGAAAACUCCAACACUCAGACAUUAUUUACCAAAUAUGCAUUUGUGUUUAGUGAGUCUGCCAGAACAUAGGCAGUAGGGAUGACCACAUGUUCUCUUGAUAAGUG